AUGUUUCUCCAGUAUUACCUCAACGAGCAGGGAGACCGAGUCUAUACGCUGAAGAAGCUUGACCCUAUGGGACAACAGACUUGCUCAGUGCAUCCUGCUCGGUUCUCCCCAGAUGACAAAUACUCUAGACACCGAAUCACCGUCAAGAAACGCUUCAAGGUGCUCAUGACCCAGCAACCGCGCCCUGUCCUCUGAGGGUCCCCUAAACUUCAUGUUUCUUCUGCUACCCCUCAGAGACUUUCCGAAACCAAGCUCUUCAAACUGUGAGCAUUGAAGCCUUCUUAGCACCCUUGCUCUUUGGAAUCCGGUUUCAUCGUUGCCCUUGAUCAUGCUUGUGUAAAUCCAUCAUGGUAGCAUCCUCCUUUUGAAUCACUGCUAGGUUAUUAGAAUGAUUUGAAAAGCAAAAACAAACAAACAAACAAACAAAAACAACAGAGAAGGAUAUGCCUUCCCCUCAACCAGCUCCCAGUGGGUGUGUCCAUUUUUUCAAAGGGCCCCCAGUGCUCACUUCUCUAUAAAGACAUCUAACUCAACCCACAUAAGAG